UUCACAUUUGUGAUUUGACAUUUCAUGUUAGUCUAUGGGUGACUUACUGACAUUUUGUUUUCCUUCGUUAUUACCAGCUUUUACGGAGUUCUCGUAAUUUAUUUUAACUUUAUUAAACAAACUCUCUAUUUUAAUCAUGUCUAAUGAUUACGGUUUUAAUAGUGAUGACUCGCCGAAUAAAACAACAUCCCAUCUUCAACUACCGAGCCCCAUAAUAACUCGACGAAAUCGUACUGCGUCUACAUCAGAAAGAGCUCUUGGCAAUCCGUUGGAGAGUGGUAAAAUCAAGUCGUUCUGUCGCGAAAAAGGUCACGGUUUUGUGAGCCCCGAGAAAGGCGGUGAAGAUAUCUUCGUUCAUAUCUCAGACAUUGAAGGCGAGUACGUGCCGCUGCCAGGAGACGAGGUGAUAUACAGACUCUGUCCAAUCCCGCCCAAGUUCGAGAAGUUCCAAGCUGUCCACGUACGCAUAGUGCACCUGACGCCAGAGAAACACCUCAAGUGGGACGAGCCCCCGCUGUAACAACCAACUGACGACACAAACUAAAUACCUCCUUCAGUAUAUGUUGCAAGGACCUCUUGCUACCCAAACCUACCCUCAUAGUCGUAUCUUACUAUUCGUAAUGUGUGUUUAUUGUCGUCCACUUAUUUUUCGCACUGUCUGAUGGAUCAAGGACGUCCGGCCUACUUUUAAAUGUAACUACUAUUACGCCACUUAAAUAAUGUUCGUCAAUUGUACAAGGAAACCACAUCGAGCCGUCGCUCGUGAUUUUAUUUUAUAUAGUGAUUAUGGUUGUACCAAUAUCGUAUGUAUCGAUUGCAUAUUGUAUUGAAUAUUUAUGAAUAAAUGUGGGAAGCCAACAUGUGGUGCUAAAUUUUCGAAGGAUUUACGAUCGUAUUAAGAUUUUGAUAGCAGAUGUAUUUCACAAUGAGCGGGUAAUGGCUUCUUGCACGGGUGGGUACUUACCAAGAGCAUUUGCGUGUAGGUACAAUUCCGCUCACUUAAAUUGUACACUAUCAAAACGUCAAGUUAAUACAGCACAAUAGUAUUCUUAUUUUUUUCUAUUUCAUAGUACCUAUUUAAUUGUUUUUUCUAUAUACCAGUGGUAUCAAUAAUAUAUAAGUAUAAAUACUAAACAUAAAUUCAAUACGUAGAUGAAUAAUACUAAAUAAAGUGACACUCGAGAACAGAAUCAUCUUCGUUCCGCUUCCACUAACCAAAGCCAUCACCAUGGAAUUGGCGGGAAAGCUUCAUAACGUGGCUCUUUGAUCAUCUUCUAUCAAACAAUGAAGAAAUAAGUACUUGCUUGUUAAAAAUGUGUCCAUGCUUAUACGUAUGUAUUUAAAACAAUAUAUGCAAAAUAUUUUUAAGUAGUGUAAAUGAAUUAUAAAACACAGGAAUCUUAUGUUAUUAUUUAGAAUACAAAAUAAAAAUAAAAAAAACACUGUCAGAUGUUAGGUGAUGUAAAUAGAACAGAAUUAAAUUCAUUCAGCCUCGCUUAUUAAUAAAUAAAAGAGUUUCUUUUCAUAAACUCUAAGAUUCCUAAUUGUACUGUCUGACUAAAACUUUUUGGGGAAGGAAUAUUUUAUUGAACGCACCCAUUAAUAAGAUCGCUAAAUGAAUUUAUAUUUGUAAAUAUAUUUUGAAGGCAUAAGUAAUUGCAAUACUACAAAACACCUUCGCAACACCUUCCUAUUUGUAAUAACAAUUACAAUUUAAGGAUUUAUUUACCUAUUUUAAUUACACAUAAUUCAAGUACUGCCUAACCCGUAAAUUACGAGUAAAUGCUCCCGGUGAGUGGCCACUCUAAUGUAUGUUAUAUAACAUGUAUAAUAGUGAUAAAUACAUCAACAUAUUGGCUUAAUUUUAUGACAACAAUGUAUUUUUACGUACUUAUGUAGGCUUUGUGUAUUAAAUGGUUUAAUCACUAUUUCAGUAGAGUUAGAUUGUAUUUUUGCACAAAUGUAAAGUGCAACCGGUUUGUGAUACUGAUGAAAUCUGUUACACAAACGUUAUUUAUGGUUUAUUUACGGCGAAUGUUAAAUUUAGUUUUGUUACUUUUUGUUAUAUAAACUAUGCUAAGAAUAGACAAUCAUUCCGGAAACAAAGCAUUUUACAUUGAUUUUUUAUUACGUUGAACUUGGUUUGACUCUGAUGAAAUUCGUUAUAUUCUAAUACAGUAUGUGUGUUGCUUCUGUCCCAAUGGCUUCGUUUACGAUGUAAACGUCGACGAGUUGCCAUGCUUUGUGUUUAGCUGAUAGCAGUAUUACAGCGAAUAUACGAAAUAUGUGUAAGCAA